AAUGAACUGAGGAAAGAACCUCCCAGUUUGGAUAAAGAGAAUUUCCGCAUUCAAAAAAACACUGGACUUAUUUUGUUGUAGAUACAGGACAGUUUAACUGAGCAAAUUUGUUAGAGCACUGUAGCAGUGCUGUGGGCAAGGGGACGAGCCUCGAUACGUCAACCAGCAGGGACAAAAUUAAUUUCAAGGAGAAAUAUUGCUGCUAGAGAGAGGAGAUUCCACAGCCUUUAGGGCUCAGAGGAGGUACAGUACAAAGAGACAAAGUGAGACAGGAGUGUUAACAAGGGAUUCACAGCCAUGGAGGAGAGAGAAAACUACAGCAGCCUGCAGGAGUUCACUGAGGAACUGACACCUGGAGGGAACAGGCUCAUUCGUGAACACAGCGGCGGCUCCCAGAGACUGAAGCGGGGCAUCGAGUGUUUGAGGAGUCAGACUGCUCUCCUGAUACUUAUUGGCUUUUUGGCCUCCAUCUGCGGCAACAUCGUACUCACUGUGCUUUUGAUUGGCAGGCCAGUGCCAGGUGCCCCCCUGGACUCCUCAUCUCUAGGAUUCAAACUGAACUCGAUUCAGAGACGUUACAUCCAGCUGUGUGAGGACUACACCGCCCUGGGACAGAGCUGUUCAAAGACAGUUAAGAAGUGCUCAGAGUGUCCUGACGGAUGGCGUCAAUUUGGGGAUCAGUGUUACCACUUCAGCAGUGACAAGCUGGACUGGCUUAAGAGCAGAGAUGGCUGUGCAGAGAUCGGCAGCCAUCUUAUCAUACUGCACACCAUGGAACAGCAUGACUAUCUGGAAAAAGAAGCCAGAAGAGUUGGCGGUUUUGAUUACCACUUCUGGAUUGGCCUGUCUGACAUAGAGAAGGAAGGAGACUGGAGAUGGGUGGACAACACAACAUUGCAACACAAAUACUGGGAUCAGUUGAGCUCAGAGCCAAAUAAUCACCAGUCAGGAGGGGCACAUGGAGAGGACUGUGCCACCUUAGACAGCCGUGCAAAGACAUGGUUUGAUGUUCCUUGUGAACACAUUUAUAAACGGAUCUGCCAAAUGGAUGCCAUUCAGCUCAACUGAAUCCCACUUACAGCUGAAAAUACUGCACAACUGGGUCUGGAAACUGUACAUUGUGUUGGUUGUUGUUCUACUGCAGUCUUUUUUUCAAGUAAAUUUCAAAACAAAAAGCAUGACAUUACAAGUGAAGUUACAUUGUAGUAUUGCACUAAUUUUAGAUGGAGAAGGAGGUGAAUAUUUAAGUAAAUAA